UCUUUGUCACAUGCCAGGGGUUUGGAACGGCGCAAGCGCAGUGGGCGCUCCCGCCACAUCGAGCAGAAGGGACAGCAGCGGUGGCAGGCCGAGGCCCAGGCUGCACGGGGAGAGCGGCGGCGGCAGGCCCAGAUGGUGGACAAACUUUGGGGAGUCGCGAGGCACUCUGGCCACACCAGCUGUUACUGGGAAAGGGAGUUGUUUUCGAUCAAAGCAAAUUUCCUCACCGUCAAAACAGCGGGACUCUGCUACGCUGGUGUGCUCAACAACAAUGGCCACUGAAGAUAAAAAAUCUGAGUCAGAGUGCACAAAAACGCAGUCGAUACCUUCUUCCUCUAAUCAAAACAAGCCUUCUGCAGUGAAACCAAAUUAUACCUUGAAAUUCACACUGGCUGGACAUACCAAGGCUGUGUCAUCAGUGAAGUUCAGUCCAAAUGGAGAAUGGCUGGCAAGUUCCUCUGCUGACAAAUUGAUUAAAAUCUGGGGUGCUUAUGAUGGCAAGUUUGAGAAGACCAUAUUAGGACACAAACUGGGAAUCUCAGACGUUGCCUGGUCCACAGAUUCAAACCUGCUGGUGUCUGCUUCAGAUGAUAAAACCCUCAAAAUUUGGGACGUGAAUUCGGGCAAAUGUUUGAAGACGCUGAAAGGUCACAGCAACUAUGUUUUCUGCUGUAACUUCAACCCUCAAUCAAAUCUAAUUGUCUCUGGAUCGUUUGAUGAGAGUGUAAGAAUCUGGGAUGUGAAGACUGGCAAGUGCCUGAAGACGCUGCCAGCACAUUCUGACCCAGUAUCUGCUGUACAUUUUAACAGAGAUGGAUCUCUCAUUGUCUCCAGUAGCUACGAUGGGCUGUGCCGCAUUUGGGACACUGCAUCUGGCCAAUGCCUUAAAACCUUGAUUGAUGACGAUAAUCCUCCUGUGUCCUUCGUGAAGUUCUCCCCGAAUGGGAAAUAUAUUCUGGCCGCAACACUUGACAACACACUGAAACUUUGGGACUACAGCAAAGGAAAGUGUUUGAAGACCUACACAGGACACAAAAAUGAAAAAUACUGCAUAUUUGCCAACUUCUCAGUUACUGGUGGCAAGUGGAUUGUCUCGGGAUCUGAGGACAACUUUGUGUAUAUCUGGAACCUCCAGACAAAGGAGAUAGUGCAGAAACUACAAGGGCACACAGAUGUUGUGAUCUCCACAGCCUGUCACCCAACAGAAAACAUCAUUGCGUCAGCAGCACUGGAGAAUGACAAGACAAUCAAACUUUGGAGGAGUGACUGUUAGAGAGCAACAGAGCUUCCCCUUGGAAAAAUACAUCCUGUCCCAGCCUCUCUGACAUGGGGACAGGCUUCUCAAACUCCUGAUGUCUGAGACUCUAGAUUCUGUCUAAACUGGUGACGAGGGAUUGCAGACCCAGUGGGAGCAUUGGAACAAAUCCAGUUUUUACUGCAGAUUCAUAACACUUAACAAAUUAUUGUACAUUUAAAAAAAACAUACACAUGUGCACGCACAGCCUGCGCCUACACACAGAUGUGCACACAUACCUGUGUAUACACACAACUAAAGUUUUUUUCUAGUGACCAAAUCACUUGUGGUUUCCCCCAUCUGGUUUCUUGUGAAAACUCAUUUUUUAAAAGCAGGUUUAGUUGUUGGUAGAAUGUUUUUGUAAACUUAACAUUGACAGCUGCAAGUUUAAAUUAGACAGUUAACCAGCUUGUCUUUUAAAUCCUUUUAUUUGUGUGACUCCUUGUCUUUUUUUCCCACACCCCUCCCCACCCUCCCCAACCCUCCCCAACCAUUGCUCAUUGUGGCCCCAGGUAACUGACCAGCUACUGACUGGUCACUGCCCUUGACUCCAGUGACUUUUCUUAAUUUGCCACGGGAUUCUGGUUUGGCACCCCCCCCCCCACCCCCCCCCUGCCCAGCCACGGGUCACGUGUGUAAUAUAGGAAGAUUGAGCCUGGUAGACCUGUCCUCAGUACUGUUGUGCCCAGAUCUCUCCCAGCAGUAUUCAGCUCUUGUAGCAUCAGUAACAGCACUGGUGACUAUGGUCUUCCUGAGAACAGUCUCAGGACUCAGUGCUACUAUUGAGGCUCCUGACGAUCUAUCAGUUGCUUCUAAAUGAAACUGAAUUUUUGUGCAAAAGGCAUCUGGGAUAAAUCUUCGCCCACAUUGGAUCAUAUUUGCAGACAGCUCAGUCUGUGGAUAAUGUUGUGCUGUACGUGCAUCAAACCCACCAAAGGGGAUGCUUCUGAUUGUCCCAGCUCUGUCACUUGAUCAUUAAUCCUUAUGAUGUCAAACUCUGGUCAUUGUGAUUGGUUUCCAUAGACUUUGUACUGUCAGCAAGGGUCAUACCCAUGAUGUGGUUACUCUGCUCCAGACCCCAGUUUCAAAUUUUGAGAAUAACUGCAAUCUAAUCUCCAUAGCAAGCCUACAAAUUCACCCUGUUGUUACUGCUCUGCAAGGGCAUAUUGUUCACCUUUUUAACUCACUUCCGGACAUUGUAAUCCAUGCCCAUGCAUGGUUCAGGGUCAGCAGUUCUGUAUAUGUGGGACAGGGGAACACAGCGUCACCAGUCCACUCCCUGCUUUGUUGGCAAGUGCAGGUAAGUUGUGCCGACAAUGAGUGGAAAACGUGGAGCUGGCUAAGGCACCUGGCAACACUUUUACUUCCCAGGAAAGGACCCUUUGAAAUGAGCUGACGUCACCGAGCACAAAUGCAAGAAGGAUUUCCUAUUUAAACUAGCUGAGCGACGGGGCCAGGUUCAUUGCAGCUUCUGAAUUGAAGUUCAUGGGCAGGAAGACAUGGGGAUAUUGAAGGCUUGGUUGGAAAUGGGUGCUGAAAUGUUUUCCCCCAAACCUUGCCCAGUGAUCUCCAGUGCUGACAGCUUUUCCUGGGCAUGCUUUGUACAGGGCCUUGUGACUGUGUGGAGCCAAUAUCUUUUAAAACGUCAGUUUGUUUGAGUUACUGACUGUCCUGUGUAAUCCACAGACACAGGAAAUCACUUCUUCCCAGUACUUGUGAAUAGCCCAAUAAUUGUGAUGAUCUCUCGUGGGUGUCGAGACUUUCAGCCUGUCUGAGAUUUGGAUGUAAUUUUACCCUCUAUUUCCAGCCAAUACAAGAGGUUUGAUCAUAAGAAAAA